AUGGGUGAAACUGAACAGGAGCUGGGACCUCCUCCCUCUGUAGAUGAAGCAGCAAACACACUCAUGACUCGCCUGGGCUUCCUCCUGGGAGAAAAGGUCACUGAGCUACAGGCAGGGAAUCAGUAUAACAUGGAAGGACAGGAAGACAAUCAGACUUCAGCGGUGUCCCAGCGAAUAAGUCCCUGUUCCACACUGACCAGCAGUACUGCUUCACCACCUGCCAGUAGCCCUUGCUCCACCCUCCCUCAAACUAGCGCUAAGGAUGUUAUAGCAAAGGACUGCAGUUAUGGAGCUGUCACAAGUCCCACAUCUACUCUUGAAAGCAGGGAUAGUGGCAUCAUAGCAACACUGACAAGUUAUUCUGAAAAUAUGGAUCGUGCUAAGUAUGGAGGGGAAAGCAGUAAGGAAUUAGGAUCUGGAGGAAACCUGAAACCUUGGCAGUCUCAAAAAUCCAGUAUAGACUCCUGUUUAUAUAGAGUGGAUGAAAACAUGACAGCUUCUACAUACAGUUUGAAUAAGAUCCCUGACAGGAAUCUAGAGACUGUUUUAUCCCAAUCAGUACAAUCCAUUCCACUUUAUCUUAUGCCACGGCCCAAUUCUGUAGCAGCCACCAGCUCAGCACACUUGGAAGAUCUAGCUUACUUAGAUGAGCAGAGGCAUGCUCCUAUACGAACAUCUCUCCGGAUGCCUCGUCAGAGUAUGGCUGGUGCUCGCACACAACAGGAUCUAAGAGUUCGUUUUGCACCUUACAGACCUCCUGACAUCUCUUUGAAACCACUGCUUUUCGAGGUACCUAGCAUCACCACAGAGUCCAUAUUUGUUGGCCGGGAUUGGGUGUUCCAGGAGAUUGAUGUACAGUUGCAGAGUACUGAUGCCAAUGUGAACAGAGGUGUGGUGAUAGUUGGAAAUAUUGGCUUUGGCAAGACAGCAAUCAUCUCUAGACUGGUUGCACUGAGCUGCCACGGCACACGCAUGAGGCAGAUUGCUUCAGACAGCCCCCAUGCAUCCCCAAAACAUGUUGAUGCAAAUCGAGAGCUUCCCCUCACCCAACAAUCCUCUGCUCACUCCUCCAUUGCCAGUGGGAGUUGUCCUGGAACUCCAGAAAUGCGUAGACGCCAAGAAGAAGCUAUGCGAAGACUUGCUGCUCAGGUUGUUGCAUAUCACUAUUGUCAAGCUGAUAAUGCCUACACCUGUCUGGUGCCAGAAUUUGUACACAACGUAGCAGCCUUGCUCUGCCGUUCCCCCCAGUUUGUUGCCUACAGAGAGCAACUGUUGCGUGAACCACAUCUGCAAAGCAUGCUCAGCUUGCGAUCCUGUGUCCAAGAUCCUCUUGCUUCUUUCCGGAGAGGAGUCCUAGAACCCUUGGAAAACCUUCAUAAAGAACGGAAGAUCCCAAAUGAAGAUUUCAUCAUAUUGAUUGAUGGCUUAAAUGAAGCUGAAUUUCACAAACCAGAUUAUGGGGAUACAAUUGUAUCAUUCCUCAGCAAAAUGAUUGGAAAAUUUCCAUCCUGGCUGAAGCUAAUUGUAACAGUUAGAACAAGUCUACAGGUAAUGGCAGUGAAACUGCUGGAUGAAGUGCAGUGCAUGGAUCUGAUUUGCAUCUUCCCAGAAGUGAUCUUCUGGACCAUUACCCAUCCAGCCAAUCAAGUAAUGGAGAUCUCUGACAGUGGCAGUUCAGAAUACAGUCCACUUCAUAUUCCAGUUCCCUCCGCACCAGAACUGGAAAUCUUGGAGAUGCAGACUGAUGGUGAUGGCUUGGAGGAGAUAUUGGAACCA